AUGGGAGACAUCCUCCAGCAGGUCCAGGACGCAGCCAAGUGCACACAGAACAUGCAGAAGGACAUUACAAUCAUCAAGAACUCCGUAGGGCUAAGCACGACUCCGCUAAACACAGCUAACUUUACGGGAGGACGAAACGCAAAUGCUUCCUGGGCACAGGUAGCGGCGCAAGCCAAGGGCUCUGCUCCUCCUCCACCGAUGCCGCAAGGCAUGACUACGACUAAGACACAAUCCACGGUUACGGCAUAUAAAGACCGAGUAGUCACAGUAAAGCUCAAGGACCACGGCAUCUCUCAACGGUACCGAAUGCACCCGGCCGCCUGGAUCAGACAACAAGUAGAGGCUGCUAUUCACGGCAACUCAACAACUAAAGCAAUCAAAGUGGUAGCCGCACACCAACUCAAAAGUGGCGACAUUCAGAUAUUUACAAGCACAACGGCCGAAGCUACACAGUUGAAAGAGAGCAAGGGGUGGAUCAGUGGCCUCGGAGAACAUGCAGAACUUAUCGUGCCAACCUUCGGAGUUAUUGCUCAUGGCAUCCCUACCAACUCAAUCAACAUCAAAGACCAGAAAGCGACUAUUCAACAAAUGCUCGCAGACAACUACACAGUGAUCCCCAACGCAAAGAUAUCCUACACAGGAUGGAUGACCAAGGAAGCCACUCUCAAACGAGCAUCCUCGAUCGUCGUUGAAUUUACAGAACCCGAAAUGGCCAACGCUGUCAUUUAUGCUGGAAUGGCAUGGGAUGGCCAGAUACACCAAUGCCAACUCUACGACCGCGCCUGCAGGAUAAAACAAUGCUUCCGCUGCUACAAUUACGGCCACAUCGGCACUCAAUGUAACGCAUCCCAAGUUUGUGGCUAUUGUACAGGGCAACAUGAGACUAAACACUGCCAGAGGAAGGGCGUGGAGGGAUUCGCCCCUCGAUGCGCAGUGUGCAAAGAUGCUCACACGGCAUGGACCAACGCCUGCCCAGCAAGGAGGAAGGAAAUGCAGCGAGUCGAACAAGCCAAACAGAGCCGGAGUACCUAUUGGCAUGUCCCUUUGAAAGAAACCAGCGCCAAACCAGGACCUCAACAGCCCCGUACCACCAAUUCUACCAGGAAGGACCAAACUGAACCGACGUCUAUUCCUGCUCGAAUUGCCACCCAAAGGUCCGAGGACACUACUAACCACAGGGUACCAGCGAACAACACUCCUUCAAACAUACGAGCAACACAGCAAAUAGAAUCGACCACGGAGGUCCGCACGGCCGCGGAAACUUUUGCAACACAAACACCAGUCGCGCCGUCGAUCGAGGAAGAUUGGGAAACACCCGUGACGCAACAAGAGCCUGAACUACGGCCCAGCCCGCAAUCAGUUUCAACCAAUGAACUAAUUGACCCUCAGCUUAUGCCAGCACAAGGACCCAUCUCUCCACAGGAACCGGGAGACAGCGAGCCUCAAUCAACGGCCUAUCCACUGGAUGGUAUAUCUGGCCUCGAUGAAGCGGCUAUGCAAGAUGCAGACGCAUGGCUACAAAGCAUGGCUACUCACAACUGCAACGAAUGGCCUUUCGGCCCAACAGAAACGGAACCAUCGCCGAUCACGUCCCUUGCAACUGACACCCGCACAGCUCAAGGACAGAUCUACAAAGGAUGUAAAUCUCCUGAGCACCAGGAGAUAUACAAUGACUGGCCGGUCCAGGCCGCCGAGCUAACAAUUGCAAAAUGUAUGAGGACUUGCACGUACUGCGGCAAGUACUUCUCGUUAGCAACGGCACUGCGUCAACACAUAAGGAAGAGACCUGAAUAUACUCAAAAACAAAUAACUGUACGCACGGAGACCGCGGGAAAUGGUACCUCUUUCACUCCAGCCUGGACCCGUACGAAGCCUGCGGAGGAUGAUAUCCGCCAACCGGAAGCCCGAAUGACUCGGAGCCAGCCCCUCACAAACAGUGCUCCUGUAGUACCACAUGCAUGGUAG